CUCCACUCAGCUUCCUCCGCCCAGCACAGGGAAGGUCACGCGACAUCUGGCGGCGACGGCGGCGGCCACACAUGUCUGUUUGUGUGAUGGGCGGCCUGGGUUGUAUGGAGUCUCCUUCCCUCUACCUGAGCAUGACAAGGACACAAAAUGAACACCAAAUCUAAAAGAGACAUCUUGGAAGAGAAAGCAGACUUGAAGAGAUUCUCAUAUGAAGGUGAAAGCUCUGAAGGUUUGCAUCUUAAGGACAUGAAGAGGGAAGAGUGUAAUACUAAUAGCUAUGAAGAUGAGGAAGAGGAAGAAACACCAAAAAUUUUCAAGAAAAAGAAGAGGUACCUGCAGAGAUACUCAGCAAAAUUUGAAAACAGUCCACUGUUCAGAGGUUGGGUUAAGGCAAGUAGUAGAGGAAAUUCUUAUGCAUACUGCAUACCUUGUGGUGCUCACCUCAAGAUAACCUCGGGUAAGACUGACCUUAAGAAGCAUUCGGAGAUGAAAAAGCACAGAGCCAAUGUUAAGGCAUCACAUGGAGGUGAGAACUGCAUAACUGCCUAUGUCCUGGGACAAGACCAGCCCAUAGCCAGUGUUGAGUUGCCAGUGCCUGGGGAAGAUUCCAAGAUUACUAAGAAGAAAAGAUAUUCUCAAAAGUACUCCCAUUUAUUUGAGGAAGAUCCAUUGCUAGAGGGCUGGAUCGCAUCAAGUGCAAAGGGUGAGUACUAUGCUCACUGUAUUCCAUGUGACAUUGACCUCAGAAUAGGUGCUGGGAAAGUGGACUUAAAAAAGCAUGCAAAAAACAAGAAGCAUAUGAAUGCCAAGGCAGAACUUGACCAAAAAAUGCUGUCAUCACCCAGGUCAAGACCAAGCGAGCAUUGCAUUGCCACUUUCAUGCCUCGACAGGACUAUCCAAUGCCUGGUAUGGAUUUGCCCAUGAAUACUGUGCAGAUACAGACCUCCAUGGAGGAACUGGAGGACAUCCAGGAAAGUCCCAUGACACUUGAGAUAAACUCAUUCUCAAGGAGUCCAAUUAAGUCAAGGCAUAAAGAAGAUCCUGGUUUGUUGACCUCAAGAUUACACAAAGCUGAACUUCAGAUUGCCUCAUUCAUAGCUAGGCAUAAUCUGUCAGUUGACACUUCAGACCAUCUCAUUCAACUAAUUAAAAAUGUCUGUCCAGAUUCUAGUGUGACACAAAAUUUGGAAUGUGGAGGCACUGACAUGGAAUUACUCAUUAACAAUGUAUUGGGAAAGGAUGGCUGUGAGGAGCUGAUGCAACUUUUAAGAGAGAACAAAUUUUCAUUGAUAGUUGAUGAAUCUACAGGAAGAGGGUUAGAGAAACACUUGAGUAUGAUUGUUAGAGUGUUGCACAAUUAUUCAAUAACUGAUGCCUUUCUAGGCUUUAUUCCCAUGAAAGAAGCCACAGCUCACUCACUGUAUAAUGAUGUUGUUGAAUUCUUUGGGAAAAAUUUAAUACCUUACAAAAAAAAUUUGAUUGGCAUAGCUGCUGAUGGUGGCAACUCUGUUCUGGGUGACUGUCAUUCUCUGUCAUCCCUAUUGAAGGAAGACAUUCCUCACCUGUUUGUUAUGAAGUGCAUCUCUCACUCCUUUAGUUUGUGUGCAUCUUGUGCCUGUCUUAAGUUGCCCUACUCAUUGGAAGAUCUUGCCAGAGAUGUUUACAGUUAUUUUCAGUUAAGUCCUAAUCAUAUAGAGCUUGAGGAAUUUGAGGCAUUCACUAAUGCCAAACCUUACAAGCUGUUGCACCCAGAACAGAUCAGAUUAUUGUCUGUACAUGAAGUGGUGUCAAAAGUCCUGGAAAACUAUGAUGCUCUCAUGUCAUAUUUUGCCAAAGCUACCUUAGUUGACAGACUUGAAGCUCCGGAAGCAAUCCUUCAGAGGCUCAGCAUACCUGUAACUAAACUGUAUCUAAUGUUUCUUGACUUUGUUUUACCAAUUUUUGAUAAUCUAGAUAGACAUAUGCAGAGUGAGUCCACUCAGAUCCAUGUCCUACAUAAUGCAGUUGGAAUAGCCUUGAAAGCUAUCUUUGAGUGCUAUCUUGAUGAUGCUUAUAUUAAUUCAACAUCAUUAAAAGACAUUAAAUAUAGAGAUGAAGCAAAUUUCAAGCCCUUAGAAGAGAUGUAUCUGGGAAUUAAAGUACAAAUGGAAAUCACAAAUUCAGCGCUGUUGCAAGAUGAAGAUUUGAAAGAUUUUCGAAUGAAUUGCCUGGAAUUCUUAAUUGAAAGCGUUUCUCAGAUUUACAAAAGACUUCCUUUUAGUUCACGUAUAUUGGAAUCUUUGGAGAACCUGAAUCCAAAGGUAGUCAUUGAAAAAAAUGUUCCAUCUUUAAUUGAUCUGAUUAGUAAUUUUGAACACCUGGCAACCCCAGACAUUCAAAUAGUGGAUAGUGAGUGGAGACUGCUGCGGAACAUGCUGGACACUCUGCGAGUCAACUCCAGCAUGAGGCCUGAAGUGUUUUGGGACACAGUGAGCAAAGCAAGGCAUAUAGAUAAUGUUCCCAUGUGUCCGAAUCUUUCAGAGUUUAUGCUGAAAUUAUUGUGUUUACCAAGUGCUACUGCUGCUGAUGAGGAAAUUUUUACAAAAAUUAACAAGAUGAAAAGUAGAUCAAAGAACAUAUCAACUGAGACUCUCAAGAGUGUUCUGUAUACAAACCAGUUGAUUAUGAAUAAGUCUUGAGUGUUUUCUCAUUUAUACCUUAACACAGUGUAAUAUCUAGAAAACUAUAUAUCAUCUGUAUCAGAUGUGUGAUGUAAAUGCUGUGCUUUAAAAUUAAUUACCACCUUUCUGUUGGGCCUUUAUAAGUGAGAAAUCCCUUAGUGUGAUUAGGUCUAACUCAUGGCUGUGUCUGCUUGCAAGGAAAGCCAUGUUACUGGUCAGGCCACAGAGGAGGUUACUUUUAGCAUUGCUUUCCUUGUAACUAAAGUAACCAAAAAUCAUCUAUAUCUAUAUUUUUGCAACCAUUUGUAAUUUUUAUCCCUUUUGAGGGACAAAAUACAUGUACUUUCUCUCUA